AUGUCGGGCGACCCGAUAUGGUCAAACGAGGAAACACAGUACUUGAAGGCACUACUGUCUUUCAAUGCAUCCGCGCCAAGCCUCUCGGUGACACCCCAGCCAGAGGAGGUGAAGAAGCAAUCCGUGGGGGAGUUCAAGAUCUUGGUAGUCGGCGCGAAGGGCUGCGGGAAAUCAGCGGUGAUCUCAAAGUUUCGGACGGAUGAUCUGCCUAGUGCACCCGUAAAACGUGACGACCACUUAGAGACCAGCUGCCGGCAUCAGAUCCAAGUUGAUGGAUUAUAUUACACAGUCGAAGCCCUCGAAUACCCAUCGAGAGACUUACUUAGCGACCCACAACUCUCGCAUGCUAUAGACGUCACCGAAGCCGCGGUGUUGAUGUACGAUAUCAAGAACCGUGAUUCUCUGCAACUGGUAAAGGGCAUCUAUGAGCUGGUGCGAGAUACGGUAGGGGUCUCGGAUUAUGGUCUCCUGUUGCUCGGCAAUAAGUCAGAUUGCGAAGACGAUGAGAGAGAGAUACCAUGGGCGGAUGGCAGCAAGGUGGCAGCCGCGUUCCAAGCCGAGACAACGUUCAUGGAAACAAGCUGCUACGCAGGAAACCAAGGGGCCAACGCAGCCAUUGUCCAGGUGGAGAAGGUGGUUUUGUCCAUGGUAUCGACGGAAGCCAGCUGGGCCGACUGUGGUCCCUGA